CAGAGCCUGCCUGGCGCCCCGAGGUCGGGUGCAGCCCGGCGUGCCCGGCUCCGCCGCUGCUCGGGCCGCGCCGCUCGCCCACAGCGCGGAAGGGAUCGUCACGGCCCGGCGGCCUGCGGCGCUUCCCGCGGCUCCCGCACAGAGGCGGAGGACGGGGCGGGCAGAGGGAGGCGAGACCCGCUGUCCUCCCGCAGCGGCGCCCCGGGGCCUGCGGCGGGCCGGGAGCCGGGGCCUGUCGCUGCCGCCGCCCCGCGCGCCCCCCGCCCUGCGCGGCGCCUUUCCCCGCCCCUCGGCGCGGGUCGCCUCCUCGGCGGGCGCGAUGCGGCGGGCGGCGCCGCCGCUGCUGGCGCUGGGCCUGGCCCUGGCGGCGCUGGGCGCGGCGGGCGGCCAGCACCGCGCCGACUACGACCGCGAGGCGCUGCUCGGCGGCCAGGAGGAGGCCGAGGAGUACGCGCGGCUGAGCCCGCAGGAGCAGCAGCGCCGGCUCAGCGCCAUCGUGAAGAAAAUCGACCGGGACGCGGACGGGCUCCUCACCCACGAUGAGCUGAGUUCCUGGAUCCAGCAGUCUUUUAAGCAUUAUGUUACACAAGAAGCUAAGCAACACUUUAGUGAUUAUGACAAAGACGGUGAUGGAUUAGUGUCUUGGAAAGAGUAUAACAUGCAAAUGUAUGAUCGUGUGAUUGAUUUUGAUGAGAACACUGUCCUGGAGGAUCAAGAAGAAGAAUCAUUUCGACAGCUUCAUUUAAAGGAGAAAAAGCGUUUUGAAAAAGCUAAUAGAGAUGAUGUUCCUGAUCUAAAUGUCGAUGAGUUUGUUGCUUUUGAACAUCCUGAAGAAGCGGAGUACAUGACGGACUUUGUCAUUCAGGAGGCUUUAGAAGAACAUGAUAAAGAUGGUGAUGGAUUUGUUAGCCUGGAAGAAUUCCUUGGUGAUUACAGAAGAGACCCAACUGCAAAGGAAGAUCCAGAAUGGAUACUUGUUGAGAAGGAUCGAUUCGUGAAUGACUAUGACAAGGAUAACGAUGGGAGACUCAACCCUCAAGAACUUUUGUCUUGGAUAGUACCGAAUAAUCAGGGUAUUGCACAGGAGGAGGCUGUUCACCUUAUUGAAGAAAUGGAUUUGAAUGGUGAUAAAAAGCUUUCUGAAGCAGAAAUUCUGAAGAACCAAGAUUUGUUUCUUAACAGUGAAGCAACAGAUUAUGGCAGGCAGCUUCAUGAUCAACAUUUCUACCAUGAAGAGCUUUAGAUUAUUUAUUUUAUAAUCUGUAUUUCUUCCCUUUCUUUCAUUUGGAGCUUUUGUUAAAAGCACCCCCUUUUCAGCUAUGUUCAAGUUUUAUGCUGUAAUUAUAAUAGACUAAUGUUUGUGUAAAUAUUUUGCAUUUAGAAUGUAAUUGCCCUCCUGCAGACUUCCCUGGGCCUCUUCAAAAUUAAUCUUAAAUAUUUACUUCCAAAAUUAUAUAAUGUUGGGAAAGAAAUUAUUUAAAAUGUCGUACUGUAUUGUGAAGAGUUAUGCUACCGUACUUGAAAAAAAUGGAGAGUCCACCUGAUUCUGAAAGAAUGCAAACCGUACUUCCUAACUGAGAGACUAUUUUUUUUUAACCAGUUUAAUUGGGGAGAGGGGAUGGGGGGAAUGUUUAGAGUCAGUAUUAGCUGUGUUUUAUCUGAUACAUUUGGAGAAACACCUAGAUGGUCUACCUAAUUUUAAACUGUUUCUACCAUGAGUUUUAUUGUAUUAUAGAAAAAACAUGCUAUUUUUACAUCUACAGGUAUAUUUUUUUUUAAUGUACAAUUCUAAGCAUUAGCAAUACAAUGGGUAUUUACAGUGUCAAAGCCCUCUUCAGUUGUUGGAUUAAAACAGUUGACUAUCCUGUC